UUUGCGCAAUGCGCACUCCCAGUGUUUAUGUGUCACGAAAUGUAUGGCCUACUGUUUGACGUGUCAUCUCAUGGCGAGGCAUGCGCAAAUAUGCCUUCGGUGCACGUUAGCAUGCGCCUUUAUAUUUUUACGGUUUCCAACGUCCAGCAACAUUCCUCAUAUUACAACCCUUUCUGCUUGAAAUACUCAACGUCACGACCUGUCAACUGAAGCUCACAAAUAUUUCCGAGUCGCUCUCUCAGCGUUUCUCUUUAUCUAUCCUCUCCACCGCCUUUGAUAUCUCGACUAGUUAGUUGUUUUAGCUUAUUAGGGGAAGCUCCCCUGUGUUUCAGAACGAGAUCGUUUCUAAGUCGGCACCUUUUCAAAAUUCUUAAAUUAGAUAUCUACUCGUGACGCUUGAUUUCAAUCCUGGAUCGAGCUUCAAGUGCCUGACGAUCGGUUCUUGUGAUAUUAUAUCAGGUUUUUUUUUUUUUUUGUGCAGGGGCGAAAGAUUAGAUUGUAACAGGGCAGAAAAAUUAGUACAUUUUAGAUGAUUUUCUAUUGAAGAACUUGAUCGCUGUUAAAGCGGCAGAGGGAGAGGUUGUACUGUCAGUAAGGUUGUGGUUUUAAGGAAGAGGAACGACGGCGGCGGCGGCGGCGGAGAAGAAGAAUAGCUUGCACGUGAGUGCGUGCAUCUGUGGUUGUAGGGUGGUGUGGGUGGGUGGUUGAUCUGAUUCUCUCGGGAGGCUCGUGAUAAUGCCUCACAGAGCGACUUACUUUUUCCCGAGGCAAUUCCCGGAGCAUGGGUUGGAUGAAUCUUCGAAACAGCUAUUAGAUCACGAGAAGCAGAGAAUUGUCAACUCCAUCAAAUCAGAAACCUUUGACGUUGAAAGCGACCCUAAAAAGGCACUUACAACAACUACUGCCGCAACAACAAAGGACGAUGUCGUUUUCCCGUCUGGGAAACACUCAGCUUUAUCCGACCUUUUCACGGGCAAUGACAAGUUCAGGGCCAAGCAGAAGCAAGUUGCUGCUUUCCGCAACUGGUUGAUAGAGAAAAAAGGGGAUAGAUCGGGUCACGUGAAACCACACUCCUGCCGGUUAUCCUGUGAGGAGGACCGCGAGCUUCUGCUUCCGUCGGAGUCCGUGCCGCCGCCUCCGCCACCGGAGACAGUGAAAGAUGCAAUCAUCCGGAGUUUUGACCGCCAAGUCUCGUUGCCGAGGUUAUCCAGCGGCAGUAGCUAUGCUGGGAGCUUGUUCUCGGGGACAACGUUGGACGGCAAUUUUUCAAGCGACAUUAAGGAGGAAACUACGUCGUCUCGGGUCUCCACCACAACAAGAAGACUGGAGGAAGAGGAGGAAGAAAGUAAGGAGACGUUGGCGCAGAAGUGCAAGGAGAGAUACUGCCUGCAGAUCACGCUGGCUAAGAGACUCACCUGUCUAGCAAGUCUUACUGCUGAUGAGCCUGUGCUUACUUUGGACGCUGGAAUAGAGACGUGGGAUGUGGAAUCCGUUUCUUAUCGUCUCUGGGUUAGUGGCUGCUUAUCGUACUCUGACAAAAUAUCUGAUGGUUUUUAUAACAUCUUGGGGAUGAAUCCAUAUCUAUGGGUGAUGUGCAAUGAACUGGAGGAAAGUAGGCGGCUCCCACCUUUGAUGGCGCUUAAAGCAGUGGAACCAAGCGACGCUUCUAUGGAGGUGGUCCUUGUUGAUAGACACGAGGACUCUAGGCUAAAGGAACUUCAUGAUAAAGCACAAGAGUUGUAUUGUGAUUCAGAGAACACCUUGGUAUUGGUGGAAAAACUAGGAAAACUUGUUGCGAUAUAUAUGGGGGGUACUUUCCCGGUGGAGCAAGGAGCGCUCCACAAGCAAUGGAAGUUGGUUAGUAGGAGAUUGAAGAAUUUUCAGAAGUGUGUUGUGCUUCCUAUCGGCAACCUAUCUGCAGGACUUUGCAGGCAUCGGGCUAUUCUCUUCAAGAGAUUGGCAGAUUACAUUGGUUUGCCAUGUCGUAUUGCUCGAGGUUGCAAGUAUUGUGCUGCAGAUCAUAGAUCUUCUUGCCUUGUCAAGAUUAAAGAUGACAGACAACUCUCAAGCAGGGAAUAUGUAGUUGAUCUAGUUGGGGAACCUGGAAAUGUCCAUGGGCCUGAUUCCUCAAUUAAUGGAGCAUAUGUCUGUUCAACGCCUUCCCCAUUUCAAAUUUCUCAUCUGCUGGAGUCCCACUCUCCUUAUAUUGAUGAUGCAUCAAGUUCCAUAGCCAGUUCUGUUGUUCCUGAAAGUCAUUUAUAUUCUGGCUGUACAAAGAGAGAUCAACUGGUCAAACGAACUGGUUUGCUUAAAUGUUCUGUGAACUUGAAUCAAACUCGUGCAGUUAAUGUAGAGGAAAGUGAAGUUCUAGGUUCAAAUUUGCCUUCCAUUCAGGAGGUUGUUUCUGAAGAUCUGCAUCCAGCCACUGAGGCAUUGUUGCAUGAAUACCCCAUGCAUGUCGAGGAUUCAGUUGUCAUAAAAGAAACUUCCAAUAAUGAUGAGAUCAUUGUAACUGGAAGUCCAGUGGUAAAAGCCACUUCUAAGAAACCCAUACUGGGCCCACCCUGCCAGUUAGAACUAGAGUCUGUAGAUAGUGGACUUGAAAACCGUGACCAUUUUUCUGCUGGAAACAUUCCAAGAUAUUUGAAUCUUGAACCAUCACUCGCCAUGGAUUGGCUUGAAAUAUCAUGGGAUGAAUUACGCAUUAAAGAGCGUGUUGGUGCUGGGUCAUUUGGGACAGUGCACCGUGCUGAAUGGCAUGGAUCUGAUGUUGCAGUUAAGGUUUUAACAAUUCAGGAUUUCGAGGAUGAUCAGUUGAGAGAGUUUCUCAGGGAGGUUGCAAUAAUGAAACGUGUCCGCCAUCCAAAUGUGGUGCUCUUCAUGGGUGCAGUUACAAAACGGCCUAAUCUGUCAAUUGUAACGGAAUAUUUGCCAAGGGGUAGUUUAUACCGCCUGAUACAUAGGCCAGCAUCUGGGGAAUUGUUGGAUCAGAGGAGACGAUUACGGAUGGCUUUAGACGUGGCUAAAGGGAUCAAUUAUCUACACUGUUUGAGCCCUCCAAUCGUGCAUUGGGAUCUCAAAUCCCCAAACUUGUUAGUUGAUAAAAAUUGGACUGUAAAGGUGUGUGAUUUUGGAUUGUCGAGAUUCAAGGCAAACACUUUCAUAUCAUCAAAAUCUGUUGCUGGAACACCUGAGUGGAUGGCUCCAGAAUUUCUUCGUGGAGAACCUUCAAAUGAGAAGUCUGAUGUUUACAGCUUUGGAGUCAUCCUGUGGGAACUUGUGACCAUGCAGCAACCAUGGAAUGGACUCAGUCCUGCUCAGGUGGUUGGAGCUGUUGCUUUUCAGAAUCGGAAGCUUGCUAUUCCUCCAAACAUCUCCCCAGUAUUGGCCUCUCUCAUGGAAUCUUGUUGGGAUGAUGAUCCCAAGAAUCGGCCUUCUUUCUCUAGUAUAGUAGAAUCGCUAAAGAAGCUGCUAAGAUCUCCGGCGGAGAUGAUAAAAAUGGGUGGGACAUGAACACACUGCCUAUAACUGGCUUUCAUAUUUUGCCGAGUCUGUUGCCCUGAUAUGGAAGUGUUAAAUUAACAAGUGAUCUGAACCAUGCAAGUCAUCUUCCCUGACCGGCACAACCUUUUGGUCGUUCGCGAGUUGCAACUGUAUAUCUGUUGCUUCUUCCUGCUAACUCAUUUCAGAAGGGCAUCAAUGAAGAGCCAUCAAGUUGAAGUUUAGUCAUAACUCGAGAGCAACUAGGUGCUAUUUAGUUUAUUGUUGAAUAAGACAACUCUUGACGCCAUGCUGUUCUAUGGGCAACAUGCGAUAUGAGGACUUUCGAAUAUUGUAAAAAUUUGCAGGGCUGUAAUCACCUUGGAAUGCACUAUUGCUGUCUGAUAACAAUACACAAGUGUUGUGCUAAUCA